AUGGACAUAUACAAUACAUCAGUGCUCCAGGGAGUCUUCCCUGAUCAGCUAAAACGUUCUAUCGUCGUUCCCAUUCCAAAAGUGUCACCACCUCAGACUAUUGAGGACGAUUUAAGACCUAUAUCACUCACAGCUCAGGUAUCUAAAGUGAUGGAAGGAUUUAUGCUACAGUCCCUCAUGUCGGAAGUGGGUCUUAAAUUGGAUCCAAAGCAAUUUGCUCUUCCGGGAAAGUCAACCACUCAGGCACUCGUUUAUCUCCUACACUUGAUUCAUGCUGCUUUAGAUCAAGGCCACUGCUCUGUAAGAAUCUUUUUUGCUGAUUUCAAAAAAGGUUUUGAUCUCGUCGACCAUAAUGUCAUUAUUGAUGAACUUUUAAAAUUACAAGUGAGCCAUUAUAAGAUGGAUAAAGUCGUUCCUUACCUCCCGCGAACAGUGUGUUAAAAUCGGACCAUCCUUUUCCUCAUGGAAACCCGUUAACGGUGGCCUACCUCAAGGAACUAAACUUGGCCCUCUUCUCUUUGCCAUUUUAGUCAAUUCCCUCCUACAGGACUGGAAUGGGCGGAUAAAGUUUGUAGACGAUGCUACUGCACUAGAAAUUGUUCCACGUUGCUCUCCUAGCUUGCUACCUAUUCUUGUAAAUGAUGUAUCUCAGUAUGCCUCAAGUAGAGGAAUGAAGCUUAACAGUAAGAAAUGUAAGGAGAUGACAAUAUCCUUCCUCCAAUACCACCUUCCGCUUGAUAAUGCGAUCUAUAUAGAUGGUUCGCCGGUGCAAUCAGUAUCCUCCUUUAAACUGCUCGGUGUGCUACUGAGAGAGGAUCUAUCUUGGUGUGAUCAUGUCGACUAUGUGAUUAAAAAAGCAAAUUCUAGACUCUAUGCAUUGCGGAAGUUAAAAAAGGCUGGGUUAAGCGAUAAAGACCUUGUCACUAUAUAUUCCUCCUUCAUUCGGUCCCGAAUUGAGUACGCUUCACCUGCGUGGUCAACGCUGACCCAAGGCCAGUCUGACCUUAUCGAAUCGAUACAGAGAAGAGCAUUACGUAUCUUGCUUCCCGAAAUGUCGUAUCAAGACGCAUUGAAUUAUACUGGUCUAAAAAAGUUAAGUACGCGUAGACAUAAUUCCUGCGAACAAUUUAUUCGGAAAUUGAAGCUUGACAAUGGUCCUAUAAAUCCUCUUAAGGAUGUUGUUGCAACUCGUAUACAUCCAAAUACUCAUAAUUAUAAUCUUAGGCCGAAUCAAGCUGGUCACUCCAAACGAACACAGAACGUUUUCAAAAUUUUAUAA